UUGGUUACAUCGCUGCCUUCUGAGAUUUGGUACCUUCUGUUUUAGCCUCGAAACCCUCGUAAUGGCGCCCAAGGCCGAGAAGAAGCCGGCGGAGAAGAAGCCCGCGGCCGAGAAACCGGCGGAGGAGAAGGAGAAGAAGGCGGAGAAAGCCCCCGCGGAGAAGAAACCCAAGGCCGGGAAACGCCUUCCCUCCAAGGAUGGCGGCGCCGUCUCCGCCGGUGAGAAGAAGAAGAAGAAGGCGAAGAAGGGGAGCGAGACGUACAAGAUCUACAUCUUCAAGGUGCUGAAGCAGGUGCACCCGGACAUCGGUAUCUCCAGCAAGGCUAUGUCCAUUAUGAACUCCUUCAUCAACGACAUCUUCGAGAAGCUGGCCCAGGAAGCGUCUCGCCUUGCCCGCUACAACAAGAAGCCCACCAUCACCUCCCGCGAGAUCCAGACCUCGGUCCGCCUGGUGCUCCCCGGAGAGCUCGCGAAGCACGCCGUCUCCGAGGGCACCAAGGCGGUGACCAAGUUCACUAGCUCUUGAUCUUUCGCUGCAGCUAGGGUUUGUGGUGGUGGAGGUGGUUGUGCUGUCGGUGUCUAUCCUGAUGCUAUUUCUAGGGCUACGAUGGGUUGAUUUAGGGUUUUGGUUUUGUAUCUUUGGAUUUUGUAUGAAAGAUGUUUGGUGUUCAGUCGUGGAGUUCAGUUGCUAACUAUUAUGUGAAGAACAGAGAGACGAUUUAACUUUUGAUUCUCUUA